AUGGGCAGGUCCGUCCGGCCACUGUCCGCCCGCUGGUGGAGGAGUCAGGAGGCGGUCGACUGGCCCCGACCCCAGCCCCAAGUCUUCACGUCACCAUCUCCGGAUUCCCAGAACCGCUCGCUAAUUGACUACCUUACAGCUACGCACACAUCUCUCCUCGCACACGACGCAUUUACACACACACACGCGCGCGCACACACAGCCCUGUGCCGUCAGCCCUUACGGCGUCGGCCGUGCGUCGACUUGUCGCGGCCAUUGGGA